ACCAAGUUUGAAGUACAUGAACGGUUAAUAAAAUUUUGACAAUCCAAUCCACAUAAAAAGGGAACUCCAGGAAAGGCAGUUGAAAAGAAAUAUCCAAACAAAGCAUAGACUUAAUUAAAGGUCAAGAUUUAAUAGAGUUGCUGCAUGGGGAACAGUCUGAUAACGAGUGGAAAACCGAGUCAGCGCCGUGAGAAGAGGCUUUUCGAGAGGCUGAGCUGCAGCUACGCUCAGGCUCCCAAUAGAAUGGAGUUGAAUAUGAAUCCCCUGCUGGCUCUGGCCCGCUCCAUUGCGUCGCCUCCCACGCCACCGCUCACCCCGGAGAAACUGGACGCGGGUAAGGAGGAGGGUCACCCAAAGGCUGCCAUCGAAGAGCUGCCCAACGAGAUGUGGCUGGAGAUCAUGUCGUACCUCUCCUACAACGACCUGCAGCAAUUCCGCAUGGUGUCCUGGCGAUGCCGAGAUCUAGUCCAUCGGCGCCGCUUCAUGGAGAAGGGCAAGGUGAUAGUGACGCAACACAAUCUGGAGGCGAUCCACAAGCAUGCGAAGGGAAAAAACUGCUACUUGAGCUUCGAGCGGAUCGAGCUGCGUAAUCUCCGCCAGUGCUGCCAGCUGGAGAACUUCCUGCGUCUCGUGGGCCACGAGGUGAAGCAUCUCCAAGUGCGUCAUGCUCCGGUUUUCCGGAAUUUGGAUGGCAAGCUGCCCAACCUGAAGGUGCUGACUAUUGCCACCACCAGUUCCAUGGAUGAUCAGCACCUGAAGGCAGUGGAUGGCCUGGAUAUGAAGCAGUUUGCCCACCUGGUGGGCUUCGAAUGCGAUGGCGUCAGUCUGGACUCCUCGCUGAAGCUUCUAAUGCUGCUGCAGUUGCGUCGAAAUGAGAACAAGGUGCAGCUGCGUCACCUGCAAUUCGAGUUCAGGCGGAACAACGAGAGCGCUCUGCUCGAUGUCCUGCGGGAUCAUGCGGACACUCUGGUGUGCGUGGACAUUUUCUUCAGUUGCUCGCCGGGCAUUGACACGCGGGAGUGGUGUCAGGCCUUCGAAUCGAUGCACAAUCUGCGCACUCUCAAGCUGUCCGGAAAUUGUCAUCUGGUUCUGCUGGAGGCCGUCCUAAGAGCCGUACCAGAAUCAGCACCCAUCCGUCAAUUGGAUUUAACCGGAAUGCUGUCGCUCACCAACGAACUGCUCCUCUAUAUAGCGGGCAAAUGGCAGAGCACUUUGAAGGUGCUGGAUCUAAUGUUCUGCGUGCAACUGAACGUGAAUUGCAUCGAUGCAUUGAGGCAGCUGAGUGGUCAGCUGGAGGCCUUGACCAUGGCCUACUGCAGAGAAUUAACGGGAAUGGGCUUGGUUCAGGGACUGGCCGGUAAUAUGAACUAUACCCUGCAAGAGCUUCAUCUGGAGGAAACCAUAUUUUUGGACGAGAACUCCAUGUGUCAACUGCUGGAGAGGCUUCCCAAUCUGCGACGACUCAGCUUGGAUAAUUGCCGUCAAGCGGUGACAGAUCGCACCAUGGCAACUAUUUGCAAGUACCAAACGAAGUUGCGCAACCUUAACAUCGAUUACUGCGUGAAGAUAACCGAUCAAGGAUUGAUUGGCUACGGUGAUACACCUUAUCCCAUCAGUCGGUUGCGCGGAUUAAAGGAGCUAAAUCUUCGGGGCUGUCGCAACCUCACGGAUAGUGCUUUGCAAAUAGGCCUCAAGUUGCCGGAACUGCGAGCCCUUUCUCUGGGCUAUUGCUCCCGACUUACAUCGGAGGGCUUUGAGGCCGUGACCCGGAAUUGCCCAUCUCUGGAGGCUCUCUGUGUGUCCAGCUGCAUGGCUGUGGACGAUGAGACUGUGCUGAGUAUUGUCAGCCAUCUGAAGCGUCUGAGGAUUCUUAACUUGAGCAACUGCAACCGGUUGACCCUGCAAUCAAUCCACCACGUCCUCGCGCACGGACACAAUCUGGUGGAGCUGAUUGCCUGCUCCAUUGACGGAAUGGAUCAUGAGCAGGCCCAGCGACUCCUGGAGGCGCAGAGACCGCAAAUGAAACAGGUCCUUCUAUAGCAGGAGAGGUACAUCCACUGACGGAGCCGAAACACUCCCCACAACGAGUGGGGGAGCCGCGAUGAUGAUCAGUUUGAUGACGACGAGACCGAGAUUAUCGAGAUCGUGGUUUAGAUUCGAUUAGGUUGAAGUUUAGCGUAAAACGUGUAUUGAUUUAUCCCUAAGAAAAUUACUUUAAGCACUUUAAAAGGUGAUACUUACAUUUUUAAAACCCCCAUUUGAUCGCUACUCUAAGAUCAGCCACAACAGAAGCCAAAUAUCAAAGUACAAGUAUUCCUCCCACCCAAAGUAAUCUGACCAUUUCAACAGUUAAUGAUUUAUCAAGCACAACUGAUAUUUUUUUAAAAGUUCAUAUUUUAACAUUUAAUUUUAACGAAUCAAGCAAUACCCACAAGCGAAGACUUCUUCAUAGACUUAAUUUAUACCUAACCGACGGCCAUAAUAACAGUCCGUAGAGCUUGCAUUUCUAUAUACAUAUUUAAAUGUGGUUGAUAAACGAAACAAUACUUCUACAAAUAAUACUUUGAGUGUUGUCCAAGUCAAUAUAUUAAUCUGAAUGUGUCUAGAACUUUUAAACAAUAUGAAGAAUAAGUAACUACGGUUGAUAAAGGGACGAGUUUGCGAAAAGAGGCUGUUAGAAUAAGUUGACGUUUAAAUAAUAACCAACCGUUUUCAGAUAUAUUUUAAUUCCUAGAUAUAAGAACAGUUUUGAGAAAAGUUUUAAAUGAAACCGUUUGAUAUAGGUAUAAGGGAAGCCAGACUUCACCGAUAAGACAGAAAGGAACUUUUGGAAUAUAUUCUUUUGAAGAAUUUUACUUAACUUAAUCAGCUUUUAAACAUUUAAUAAAUGUUGCAUGUGUUAUAAGCUAAUCGAAAUGUAACCGAUAUAAAAUCCAUGAAAGGGGAUUAUUUUAAGAAGUAUGCUAUGAUAUUCAGCUUCUUUUGAAGAUCCCUAAUAAACACAUAAUA